GAUUCCGCCUCUUUUCCCGCUUACAAUAUGGAUUUCAACGUGAGGAAACUUGCUGCAGAUGCUGGAAUAUUAUUUUCACGGGCUGUUCAGUUUACCGAGGAGAAACUGGGACAGGCUGAGAAGACCGAGCUGGACGCUCACUUUGAGCAUCUGCUGUCCAGAGCUGACUGCACCAAAAACUGGACCGAGAAAAUCUACAGACAGACUGAAGUCGUUCUUCAGCCGAACCCUGGUGCCCGCAUCGAAGAGUUCCUGUAUGAAAAGCUUGACCGGAAGCUUCCUCCACGUCCCACUAAUGGAGAGAUCUUAGGACAGUUCAUGCUGGAGGCGGCUAAGGAGUUCGGACCGGGAACACCGUACGGAUGCACCCUGAUCAAAGUGGGCGACGCUCAGAGAGAGUUUCUGCAGUCCUCAUCCAUCAGCUUCCUCACACCCCUACGCAACUUUCUGGAGGGUGACUGGAGGACCAUUUCAAGAGAGCGGAGACUCCUGGAGAAUCGACGCUUGGAUCUCGACGCCUGUAAAGCGCGACUCAAGAAGGCCAAAGCAGCUGCGGAGCAUGAAUUGCGUGUUGCUCAGACAGAGUUUGACAGACAGGCUGAGGUCAGCAGACUCCUCCUGGAGGGCAUCAGCAGCACACACGUGAAUCAUCUGCGCUGCCUGUGUGAGUUUGUGGAAGUGCAGGCGAUGUAUUACAGCCAGUGUCACAAUCACAAGUACAUGCAGGAGCUGCAGAAAGAGCUGGGCAGAAGAUCCCCUCACUCAUUUGAGGUGAAUCCCCACCCCGCCGGCACCCCAUCAGAGCCAUCUCCGCUGGAAACAGACGCUCUGCAGAUUGAAGAAGUUCAGCCGCCCGCCAGCGGCACACACGAGGCCAAAGUGCUGUAUGACUUUGACGCUGCAGACUUCAGUGUGCUCUCGCUGCGGGCCGAUGAGCUCAUCACUGUGUACACAGUGCCUGGAAUGGACUCUGAUUGGCUGAUUGGAGAGAGAGGAAACCAGAAGGGGAAAGUGCCUGUUACAUAUCUGGAGCUGUUGAGCUAAAGAGGCGAGAGACACAC